CAGUACUGAAUAGUGCAUACAUUUGUUCUUUAUCGUAACCAAACCAGAAAUGUCAAGUCUGAAGUCCAAUAUCUUUAGAAUAAAAGCCUACAAUCAGUGUGAAUUAUUCUAGUUUCUGAGAUUAAGGGAUGUACAUGCAAUACCGACGCGUUGUACAAUACGAGUACAAUCCACGAGCCCGCAAAAUCGAAUACAUCGCAAUACUGAAUAAUUUUGUGAUAAACCACAAGUACAACAUGAGCGAGAAGCGCACUGAAUACUUUGUCGUCGAAAGAUGAUGGAUGUGCUCUAAACAUGCCCCACUGUCUGACAUAAGUGCCGGUAUUGGUUAGCGCUCUCAGCAGGAAGGGUUACUGUUUUGUUGUGCGUUUUCCCAUUAAGUGAAGAUGAGCGCUAACGAGAUGGACAAUAUGACCUAUCAUCCAUUUCCGGAAACCCUCUGCCGGGAUAGAUUCUGGGAUUUGCGUACGACAUGGUACACGACAGAUCCGGACUUCACGGAAUGUUUCCAUUCCACCGUAUUGGUGUGGGGGCCGUGUCUGUUCUUGUGGCUGCUGCUGCCGCUGCAAGGAUACUACGUUUUGUCCAUACAGUAUCGCAUUGACCGAUGGACAUGGCAAUCCUUGGCCAAAUUGGCCAUUUGUUUUCUGCUAAUUAUUUUGUGCCUCGUGGAUGCAUUUGAUGUUGUGGCGCAGUGGAGUUUGUAUGGAAUCAAUAGUGUUCCAUCUGCUGAAUUCAUCGCCCAAAUUGUUCGAGUUGCAACUCUGCUUGUGGCAGCUGGAUGCAUUUAUAUGGAUAAGCGGCGCGCUCGAUCGACAUCCGGUAUUUUGUUCUUCUUCUGGUUUUUCCUGUCGGUAGCAGCAAUACUGGCGUUCCGCAACAUAAUUAACAAGGCAAACACGGCGGGUUUCGGAAACGACCAAGUCCACUUUGCUACCCAAGUGAUCUACAUGCCACUGGUUGUAAUUCAGUUUAUCUUAUCCUGCUUUGGAGAACGAUUCAAAGAGACGGAAAAUAACGAUAAGAAUCCCUGUCCGGAGAAACAUGCAUCGUUUCUCAGCCAGCUAACGUUUUGGUGGUUCAACCCGAUGGCUAUUCUGGGUUGGAGACGACCAUUACAGUUAGCCGAUUUAUGGGAUGUACUGCCUUGGGAUCGAACCGAAAUAAACGUAGAAAAUCUGGAAAGAAACUGGCGCAUCGAGACCGAGCGCAGGGCCAGAUCAUUAGCUCAGCGUGCAAACUCUGGCGCACUUUUGGAAGAUAGUCCUGGUCGAAAGGAUAAAAGUAUAUACGAGCCAUCCCUGACGAAGGCUCUUUGGAGAACGUACUGGUGGGGCCUGACAUCCAGUGGAUUACUAAGAAUUCUCAGUGACCUUUGCAUAUUCAUCAGCCCUCAAAUUCUCCAGCUGCUGAUUGGAUUUGUUGACGAUCCAACACAAGCCGCAUGGAAAGGCUACUUAUACGCCACGAUCAUGCUGUUGGGCGCCGCAGCCCAGACGAUCCUUCUCAAUUACUACCUGCAUAUCACUUUGCGCCUUGGUAUGCACGUGCGAGGGAGUGUUGUGGCGGAAGUAUACCGAAAAGCCUUGCGUAUCACUAGUGAAGCCAAGCGCACAAGCAAUAUCGGCGAGAUUGUCAAUCUGAUGUCCGUGGAUGCGCAGCGCUUCAUGGAUUUUCUAGCAUACAUCCAUGUCUUAUGGUCGGGUCCACUGCAGAUGGGAUUGGCAAUCUUCUUUUUGUACCAGAUCCUGGGUAUCGCGGUUUUAGCCGGUUUGGGUACUAUGGUGGCAUUGGUGCCAUUGAAUGCGUUUAUUGUCGGCAAAGUGCGAGCGUUGCAAAUAUCACAAAUGAAAGAAAAAGACGGUCGCAUUAAGAUCAUGACUGAAAUUCUCAACGGAAUGAAGGUGUUGAAACUAUAUGCCUGGGAAGAAUCUUUCCAGGGUCAGGUUACGGAAGUGCGGGAACGUGAGCUAACGACGCUUAGGAAAGCAGCCUUUCUCGGGGCAGUAUCCUAUUUCACAUGGAUGAUGUCGCCGUUCCUGGUCGCACUGGCGACCUUCGCGACAUACGUCACCACUGAUCCUGAAAAUAAUGUUUUGACGGCGGAGCGUGUGUUUGUUGCUCUGGCGCUUUUGAAUAUCCUACGCCUGCCAUUGACGCUACUGCCCACCACAAUUACGAUGGCUGUCCAGGUUAGCAUUUCCAUUAAGCGAUUAGCCAACUUCCUCCGCAACGAAGAGAUUGACCCUAACAAUGUGCAAGAUUUGCCUCCAUCCAGUCCAUCGUCAGUUAUUAUCUCCGACGCAUCAUUUGCGUGGGGCAAAGACGACCCGGUAUGCCUCUCAAAAAUUGAUCUGGCCAUCAAAGACGGCCAGUUGGUGGCGGUGGUGGGUCAAGUCGGGUCUGGCAAAUCCUCGAUGUGUUCCGCCAUGUUGGGCCUCAUGGAAAAGCUCAACGGCAGUGUGGCCGUUAAAGGCAAUGUGGCGUACGUUCCACAGCAAGCCUGGAUUCAGAAUUUAACGCUGGAAGACAAUAUUCUUUUUGGCAAAGAUAUGGAACGGGAGCGGUAUGAGAAGACGUUGGAUGUGUGUUCGCUGCGCACGGAUUUGGCCAUGUUGGCCGCCGGCGACAAGACGGAGAUUGGUGAACGCGGAACGAAUCUCAGCGGAGGACAACGACAGCGUGUUAGCCUGGCGCGGGCUGUGUACAGUAAUGCGGAUGUUUACAUUUUGGACGAUCCGCUAAGUGCGGUUGAUGCUCACGUAGGGAAGCACAUUUUCGAGCACGUUAUCGGUCCAAACGGCAUGCUGACGGGGAAGACACGAGUUUUGGUGACCCACGGCAUCAGUUACCUGCCGCAGGUGGAUCUGAUUGUCGUUUUGGACAAUGGAGCCAUCCGGGAAGUGGGGACAUACCAGGAGCUCUUGACCACGAAGGGGGCCUUCUCUCAGUUUUUGCGGACAUAUUUAAUGGAGGAACGGGGCGACGACGAUGCACAGGAGGAUCCGGAAGCAGCCAAGCUGAAGGAUCAGAUACUGCAAGAAGUGGCAGAUGUGGAACCGAUUCGGCGCGUAUCUGUAGUGGUGCCGACUGGUGAAAAAGACAGUCGGGGACGAUCAAUGUCGAUUAUCAGCCAGACCUCUGUGACGUCAGCCAAGAAAAUCAAGGACGUUUUCCGACGGGAUUCCAGGCGAGAAUCGAAGGCUCCAAAGGCAGCAGAAGAAAAAGUCAAGGAAAAAAAGCCGAUUUUAUCCGAUACAGAACGAGGCAAACUGGUGGAUACGGAGAAAAGCGAAGUCGGCUCCGUGAAGUGGAGCGUGUAUUUUAUGUUCAUGCGGCAAAUGUCCUUCCCGAUUGUCAUCGCGGUUGCCAUAUUUUACGGGAUAUCGUACGCCAUGAGCAUGGGCACCAACUUUUGGUUGGGCAGCUGGUCACGAGAUGCAGCCAACAAAACUCUGCGCAAUUCCAGCGAACUGUGGAUCGCACAACGGGAUUAUCGUUUAGGUGUCUAUGCGUCCUUUGGUGGUUUACAAGCCGUGUUCGUGGUAAUGGCCGCGCUAACCUUGGCUGUGGGGCGGAUUCGAGCUAGCCGGCUACUGCAUCACGGAAUGCUGAAGAGGAUCAUGCGCGCACCAAUGGCAUUCUUCGAUACGACACCGCUUGGUCGGAUUGUCAACCGGUUUAGCAAAGAUGUGGACACCGUGGAUACGGUCAUUCCUGCCACACUAGAUGUUUGGAUGUAUUGCGCAUUUACUGUACUAUCUACGGUCGUGGUGAUCUGCGUCAACACGCCAUUGUUUGUGGUUCUUAUCGUGCCUCUGGGAAUAUUUUACUUCUUUAUGCAGCGAUUUUAUAUAUCCACCAGUCGGCAGCUGAAACGCCUUGAAUCAACAUCUCGUUCUCCCAUUUACUCCCACUUCCAGGAGUCUAUUAGCGGAACGAGCGUGAUCAUUGCCACGAAACACAUUGAUCGGUUUGUUUUGGAAAACGAAAGGCUCGUCGACGGCAACAAUGGCUCUUACUACCCGAACAUUGUAUCGCAAAGAUGGAUUGCUGUACGGCUGGAAAUUGUGGGCGUAUGUGUCAGCUUCGGUGCAGCACUGUUUGCUGUUAUUGGGCGUGACAAUCCUGGUAUUCUGAACAUGACCGCUGAACAGAUUGGUCUGUCCAUCAGCUACUCGUUAGCCAUCAACCAAGUGCUGAACUGGUUCGUACGGAUGACCAGUGACCUGGAGAGCAACGUGGUAUCGGUGGAACGGCUGAAGGAAUAUUCCGAAGUUGACAGCGAAGCGGAAUGGAUCAUCCCAAGUAACCGGCCCGAUAAAGACUGGCCGACCGCCGGACAAGUUCAGUUUGUUGAUUACAAGACACGCUAUCGACCGGGACUGGAUCUGGUUUUAAAGGGCGUCAAUGCGACGGUCAGUUCUGGGGAAAAGAUUGGAAUAGUUGGUCGCACGGGAGCGGGUAAAAGUUCCUUGACCUUGGCUUUAUUUCGACUGAUCGAAGCUGCGGAUGGGCAUAUCAGCAUUGACAACUUGGACAUCGCCAGCGUGGGUUUGCACGAUGUUCGCUCCCGAAUAACCAUUCUUCCACAGGAACCGGUCCUGUUCAGUGGUACAUUGCGAAUCAACUUGGAUCCCUUCAACAAAUUUAGCGACGAAGACGUCUGGCUUGCAUUGGAAAAUUCUCAUUUGAAACGCUUUGUUAGCUCCCUGCCGCAGGGUUUGAACCAUAUCGUUGCGGAUGGAGGCGAAAACUACAGUAUUGGUCAGCGACAACUGAUAUGCCUGGCUCGGGCUUUGCUACGAAAAACCAAAAUUCUCAUUCUGGACGAAGCAACCGCGGCGGUCGAUUUAGAAACUGAUGCUUUAAUUCAGCAAACAAUCGCCGAAAAAUUCGCUGACUGCACAAUCCUCACCAUUGCGCACCGGAUAAACACCAUUAUGGAUAGCACAAGGAUCAUGGUGCUGGACCAAGGUCGUGUCAAAGAAUUCGCGCCUCCCCAAGUACUUCUUGCGGAUCGUAACAGUAUUUUUUACAGUUUAGCUAAAACGGCAAACCUGGUGUGACGUGAAGUGCCGUUGUAACCAAAUUUUUUUGCUGUGAUUCUUUUUACGUAAAGUUAGUUUAAGUUAUCCACAUAUUUAUUGACAUCUUUCUAGCCGUUAGUUUAAAUGGUCGAUGGUAAAUAAUUUACAGAGUGCCUGGUUUCAUUGUUGCACCUUGUCGUAGUUCACUACUUUCAGAUGUUUUUGCAAUUACUGUAAAUGUUAAAAACGUUGACAGACGAUUAACAGAUGCACCGCGUCCGAUGUAUCAAAA